GAUUUGUCACCAAGCUUUGAUAAAACAGAAGCAAUGGGAAAUUGCUUGGUUCUGCAACAAAAUGUUACAAGGAUAAUGAAACCAGAUGGGAAAGUCCUCGAGUACAGAGCAUCCAUAAAAGCUUACCAGGUGUUGUCCGAGUUUUCUGGCCAUGCAAUAUCUGAGACGACUCCAGUGUACCAGCAUCUCCGGCCAGAUACCAAGCUGCUCGGUGGUCGCCUGUACCAUCUUGUACCUCUUCCUUUGCCAUCAAAGAAAGCAUCUCAGAAGAAGGUGAGGUUUUCAACUGAUCCUGAAGGUGAAGCUCAACAAGAAACAAAAGUUGUAAGGAUUAAGCUAGUCAUAAGUAAGCAGCAACUUCAGGAGAUGUUGGGUAAGGGAGGGGUUUCAGUUGAUGACAUGGUUUCCAGGAUUCAUUGCCAAACAACUGUAGAUACGAUGACUGACAGCUUCGACAAUGAUGGUACUUGUGAAGGGUGGAAACCUGUUUUGGAAACCAUACCUGAAGUAAAUUAGCAGUAGCCUGUCCUUUGUUAUUAUGCACACUACUCUAAAAAAAAAAUAGCGCCCUCUCUGCU